AUGCCUCCUGCAAGGUCAAUACGACAUCGGGUCGUGACAAACGAGAAUGAUGAAAACAGUGGGACCACACGGCUGACGCGGGCGAAAGCAGCCUCCUUAGACACUUCAAAGGACGCAGGCGACGUCCCAGUGAAGAAGGCUCUAGCUGCUAAGAAGUCCGCAAUCAAUGCCACAAACAGAGGUCUUGGACAAAAGCGAGGAGCACUAGGCGAUAUCAGCAAUGUCUCAAAAAGCGAAGCUGUCGACUCAAAAGAGAAGAAGAAGCCUAUCACUGCAAAACCAGGUCUCGUGUCAAAAGCUCAGAGCGCAGGCAUACAGAAAAGCUCACAGAUUAAGCCUGGUCGACCGGUGCUUGGCGCAAAAGACAGCAAUCAGAGAUCAAAUGGCUCGGAUUUGAAGCGACCGGCGAGUGGCUCUGGGGUUAUGGGUAAUCCUGUAAAGAAAAGAAAUACAGGCUCGACUGGAAGUCAAGCAUCUCUUAAAGAGGAAGACAACUUGGACACGGAGAAUAGACCACCGACGCAGAAUAAUGUGGAAGAAACGAGGAAGCAAUCUAGUCAUGAGAUACAUCCUCAAAUGAGGGAUCAGGUGAAACCAGAGCCAGACACUGACACCAAGGGAGAGCAUAAAGAUGUAGUGAUGGAUCUAGACACCGAGGAUAUCGAUGAUCCUUUAAUGGUGGCAGAAUAUGUCGUCGAGAUCUUCGAAUAUCUUCAGCAACUAGAGGAAACAACAGCGCCGAACCCUUCAUACAUGGAUCAUCAAAUUCACAUCGAAUGGAAUCUGAGGGGAGUCCUUGUCGACUGGCUGGUAGAAGUCCACACGCGCUUUCAUCUCUUGCCAGAGACCAUCUUUCUCGCUGUCAACAUUGUCGAUCGAUUCCUUUCGAAUCGAAUAGUUCAGCUUGAGAAGCUACAACUAGUAGGCAUUGCCGCUAUGUUUAUCGCAUCCAAAUACGAGGAGGUCCUAUCUCCACACGUACAGAAUUUCAAGCAUGUCGCCGACGACGGUUUUUCGGAAGACGAUAUUCUUAAAGCAGAACGUACCAUCUUAGAGACCCUCAACUACGAUCUCAGCUACCCGAAUCCCAUGAAUUUCCUCCGCCGAAUCUCUAAAGCCGAUAGCUACGAUAUCCAGACGCGUACGAUAGGUAAAUACCUACUGGAAAUCAGCUUGCUGGAUCAUCGCUUCAUAGAAUAUCGCCCCAGCCAUAUUGCCGCCGCAUCAAUGUAUUUGGCGCGUCUCAUUCUUGACCGUGGGGAAUGGGAUGUGACCCUUGCACAUUACUCAGGCUACACUGAGAAAGAGAUCCAACCGGUCUUCAAAUUGAUGGUUGAUUACCUUCACAAGCCAGUCGUGCACGAAGCUUUCUUCAAGAAGUAUGCAAGCAAAAAGUUCCUCAAAGCCGUCAGUUUCAAUAACACAAGCGCUAUUCCGUUGAUCUUGAUCGAGUCCUUCGCAGCGACUGGUCUGCUCGACUCGCUUCUGAUGUCCUCUACUGACACCCCCAACAAGGCCUUACACCGCGCUAGGUCGUAUUUUCUUGUGAACGCUACGAUUGGGGACUCGUUCACUUUUGCAAUGGGCCCCAAGCUGCUUGAUGGUGAGGAAACGCCUGACAAACAAGUCAAGAAUGGCGACUCGAAUCCCCGUCAGGAGGCGUCAGGAGCAGAUGGAGCUGCUCAAAAUGACAACGGGCAGCCACAAGAGGGUCGCAAUGAACAUGCUAACGAACAAACCUCACUUCUUCCGGUCCAUGUCCAACGGGGCGAAGUAGCAGUCGCUCGUUUUGCCGAAUACGAAGGACACAGGAUAUGGUCUCACCUGCCUCUACGCGCACAACACUUUCUCCAAUUUGCUUUCUCCUUUGUCCAUGCGCCGUUAAUUGGCGCUGCCAUGGGCCUCCUACUCGGUCUCACACCACCGCUUCACAGAGCGUUUUUGGAGACCCGAGGCAUGGUGGUUACUUUCAAGCUUGGCUCACAGACAGCCUUCAGAAAAUUGGUGAUUUGUUUCCAGCCCUCCAGGUCGUUGUUGUUGGGGUGA